UAAGGUUUCUUUUUUAUAGGCAGGGGAUCUUCUGUUAUCUCCCAUGGAUCUUUGUCGGUCAACAUUGGAUCGGCAAGAUGACUUUGGUCUUAUUUCACUACUCUUUUCAUCAUUGGGUUUAGGGAUAGCUACUUCCUUGGCAAAUCUCAAGAAAUUAGUUUCAAUGUCACUUCUUGCAGCCCAUCCUGGUGGUAACCAAGUGGAACUGGAAAACAAGGUAACCCAGAUACUCGAGAAUCUGCGGAUAAAAGGCUUAGUGCGAAUCAAAAACUUUACUUGUGAAAAUGAAGUAACAGUUGCCAAGAUAACUGGAGAUUCUAGUGAAGAAGAGUCUACAAAGGAAAAUCUUGCUAAACAAGCUGCCCAGGUUAUUAAUAGACCUAUAUCUGAUGGUGAUGAACUCGCUGCUAGUCGACUGGGACAUGCAGCAAUUAAAGGAAACAUCGAUCUUGAUUUGGCAAGUUGUCUGUAUAGUGAUCUCAUCACGGCCCGGGAAAACCUUGCUGUGAAUUGUUACUUGCAUCUCCUGUAUCUGGUUGUUCCUUAUGACAUUGUAAGCAGUGUAAAAGUUGUCCCAGAUGUUUUGUACAAAGCAUUUCUUAUGCUGGGUGAUGAAGAACUGAAGGUGGCAAGAUUGCUUGGCAUAACAGAAGGAGUUUUAAUCAAGUUAACAAUGGGUCAAAGGAGUAAGAAAACAUCAGAAAAUGUUCUACAGCGGUUCUACGUUGCACUUAUUUUGUAUCAGUUAUGGCUGGGAACUGGAAUAUGGGAAAGUUAGUGGACCAUUUCCAUAUGCAUCGUGGCUUUAACCCAGCAGCUCUUACUAGCGUCCUCAUCUUUUUUCUUCUUGUGUUCAGCAUUUUUGUCAGGAACUGGAAGAGUUAUGGGCAUUUCGUGACUUACUCUGCACCUUUUCAAGACAGUUAACAGGAUGCUGUUCUUUAGAACUCCUUCCACUGCUUGAUCUUCCAGGCGUUAAAAUGGGUCGAGCUAAGAUGCUGUAUAAAGCUGGAUUUCAUACUCUUCAUGAUGUUGCCAAUGCUGAACCAAGAUCUCUGGUUGAAAGUGUAGAGCAUCUACCUUACCGAACAGCUACACAGAUUAUUAGUUCUGCAAAGAUGCUUUUACUAGAAAAGGCAGAGUCAUUGCAAGGAGAGGCAGAAGAGGUACUAUUGGGACUACAUGAGCUACCUCCAGUUGUAAGUGAUGGCACAGGCGCAGCUUCCUGAUGUUUUCUGUAUUGCCUUCCAGUUUACAAUUAAAUCAUUUGUUUUCUAUGUUAUUUAAGAUCUACUUAUGUAUAUAUAAGUUAUUAAAGACAUAUUUAAAACAAA